CCGCAUCAAAACACGCGUGAUUGUUGAAACAUUUGGAACCGUUUUUCUUAGAAAGAAAUGGACAGUGCCGAGGAACAGUCGGAGAUGGAGUACGAUGAUUAUGAAGAGACGGAAUACCUCCGGGAUCCGGUUGACAUUGAUUAUGAUCCGUUUGCAGACGAACGCGUCGAUGCCGAAUCGACCGAGGACGACUCCGUCGAAGACGGAAACGAAAGUAAGGAUGAUCAAGAAGAGGAAGUUCAAGUAGAAGGAGAACCGUCGCAAAAUCGAUCCCAAGUUCUGGAAAUCACCAGACCAGGCGGCGAGGACCUUUUUUCGUUUGAAGGCGUUUUUUGCCAGCGUAAUUUCAAAAACCAGCUCAGACCGAAGGAGUGUUUCGUGAAAACGGUCUGCGGGCAAUCGGUUGGAGAUAUAAUCGAUUCUUUGUGGGAAUCUGGCGUGAGCCUGGUGAAACGCAAGAUCAUUUUCGACGACGACGUCCCAAUGUGGGCUGAUGAAGAGAAGCCUGGCCGAGAAUCGGUGGAUUGCUUUAUAACGGUCCAGGACGCGACGGUCAAAAAAAUGUACGAGCUGAGAAGUCUGACCCCGAAGUUGUUGCAGAAGUGGCGAGGAAAGUCAAUUAAGAUUCUUGUUCAUGCGUAUUCAACUAAUGUUGAAUCAAGUGCGCAGUUCAACGAUGUUUUGAAGAGGCUAAUCGCUCCAUCCAGGCCAGAUCGAGCUGGGGCAAAUUCUACCGUCGACGAGGCAGCUCUAGCUAAUGAGCUUCGUGAUGGGCACCAACACUUGGAUGGACAUUUUAGUUCAUGGAUGUUGUGGGCCAGCAUCAUACACGGAUCAGCAGCGCACAAACAGGAAACGAUGAAAAAGGAAGCGAACCCCCCGACCAUGAUCUCAAAGUAUUUCCGCUGGGUUGGUGUUUCAGAAGCAGCCCGACUGGACUCAGUUCAUCGUGGAAUGGUGGUCGCCAACACGAUGAAUGCGCGCUGGACUAAGCAGGUCGCCGACAUCAAAAUCGAUUUGUCUGCAGCUUUGAAUUUGCUGCAAGGGGCGUUUAAGAAGAUCGAGUUGCUGGAGGCAGAGACAAAGGCAAGCGCGGAUAUUACGGCCGCGAUGGAAACAGCAGUUCAGCCUGAAGAGAACGAGUUGAGCCAGCACCUGGCAUCCCAAGUUACGGACAGACGGGAUUCUGACCAUGAAUGAAUGCUUCAUUGUGAUUUUAUCACUUUUAUACUCGAAAUAAACUUUUUUUAGUCGUAUGCUAGGUCGUAUGUU